AUGGCGAGCUCAUCCAACGAAAAUGAUAGCAUGAAUACCUACACCCUAACUCCCACAUCCGCCGCCAACACUUCCGAACUAGAAGCCUCGUUGACAGCCAGAUACGGAGCCUCGAAUCUCAUUGCAAACCGACAAGGCGGACGAGUUCUCGCGUGGACGCUCACAUCUCGCCAUUACGGCCUCGCACCAUGGCUCGAGUCUAUAGAUGGUGUACAGUCUGUCGAAAAUCGCCCUAUUCCUCGUGCCCUCAAUCCUACCGAUCGCUUCAUGGCUGUCCCUGUGCCUGGCACGGACACCAAAGCGACCGGGGAAUUUUUAAAGUCCAAGGUGAAGAGCGGGACGGAGAUUACCACUGUACGGCAGGACGGUGAGGUGAUUGCGUGGUUCAACCUCUUUUUAAGCGCCGAGUCGUUCGGGGAGGUGAAAACCCAUGUUGGCGUCCGAGAUGUAGGUGGCGAUUGGGAUACAUAUGACCUCGCUGAGUCUGAUGGAAGAGAGCGUGACCGAUCUUCUCCGAGGAAUGGUGGACCGAAGCUACGAGGUAAGACGACAGACAUCCGACUCGCAGCUGGAUCAAUUGCUGUCGGUAAUGAGUCAAAUGGCAACACGCAGAGAUACCGAGCCUUAGCAAAUGAAACCAGUGACCCGCAGUCCAUGGACAAGUACCUGAAUUCCAAAGUCAGGCUCGGUCAUACCCCUGGGCAGAUCAAAGAAGACGACGGUACAAUUGUCGGCUGGUAUAAUCUCGUCUUGGAUGCAGAAGCUGCAAAAGAAAUGAAAGAUCAUGAAGGUAUUGAUAGUGACACUUUGCGGGUGCAGGACAGAGUGGUCAAGUUCUGA